AUGGAUGACUUCUCUGUCUAUGGCAGUUCUUUUGUGUCUUGUUUGUCCAACUUGUGCAGGGUUCUCAAGCGCUGCGAGGAGACGAACCUAGUGCUCAAUUGGGAGAAGUGUCACUUUAUGGUCAGGGAAGGGAUCGUCUUGGGACACAAGAUAUCAGAAAAGGGGAUAGAGGUUGAUCAAGCAAAGAUUGAGGUGAUGAGUCAGCUUGCUCCACCAAAGACAGUCAAGGACGUGAGAAGUUUCCUUGGGCACGCUGGUUUCUAUCGGAGAUUUAUCAAGGACUUCUCCAAAAUAGCUCGUCCUUUGACACGCCUCUUGUGCAAGGAGACUGAGUUCCUGUUUGACGAGGAGUGCCUUAAGGCAUUUGAGAUGAUCAAGACUGCCUUGGUCACGGCCCCGAUUGUGCAAGCACCAAACUGGGACUACCCUUUCGAGAUCAUGUGUGACGCUAGUGACUACGCCGUGGGAGCUGUGCUUGGCCAGAGGAUAGACAAGAAAGCUCCACGUGAUAUAUUACGCAAGCAGAACCAUGGACGAUACGCAACAACUGAGAAAGAGCUCUUGGCAGUAGUCUUUGCGUUCGAGAAGUUCAGAAGUUAUCUCGUGGGUUCAAAGGUGAUAGUCUACACUGAUCAUGCAGCCUUGAGACAUCUGUUGGCAAAGAAGGACACCAAGCCAAGGCUCCUGAGAUGGAUACUUCUUCUCCAGGAAUUCGAUCUCGAAAUUUUGGAUAAGAAAGGGGUUGAGAACGGAGUUGCGGAUCAUCUCUCAAGGAUGAGGGUCAAUGGACCGCACCUAUCGACGAUACUCUGCCUGAGGAACAGUUGCUCUUGGUGGAAAGUCUGGGAAAAGCGUAGGGACAUGGGAUCUGUUCUCAGGAGGUGCAUAGCUCAGGAGGAAGUAGAAGGAAUACUCGAGCAUUGUCACGGAUCAAGCUACGGAGGUCACUUUGCGACUUUCAAAACAGCUUCCAAGGUUCUUCAAGCCGGAUUCUGGUGGCCAAGCCUUUUCAAAGACACUCACGACUUCAUUGCAAGGUGUGAUAGAUGCCAACGAGAAGGGAGCAUUUCCAAGCGCAAUGAAAUGCCACAAAACCCGAUACUUGAGGUGGAAGUGUUUGAUGUAUGGGGCAUCGACUUCAUGGGCCCCUUUGAGCCACUUC